AUGGAGAUCAACAGCCCAGCACCGGGUCCAAACACGGUGACGGUUCGCCGUAACCCUCACCGGAGGGCCAGGCCAACGCCAACGCCCGCCACAGCGGCUCGAGAAAUGCAAAUUCCGUCUUCAAUUGCGCCCGGAGUACGAUCUUUCCCAACCCAAGAAAUCCUCUCCAUGGACGUUGCUAAAACGAACCCUGUGGCCGAAAACCUUAGGGUUUUUCUGAGGAUUCGGCCCCUUGUGCCGUGCAAGCUUGGGGACAAAACAGGCGGCUUCGGGGCGGAUCAGAAUCCGAAGCCGAGAUUAAAAAAUGCUUGGCCCCAAAACCCGGCGAAGAAGAAGUCGGCGGCCGGACGAUCGCCGCAGAUCAACAGAAAGAUAAAGGAAGACGUCUGUAUAAAGGUGAAUACUUCUCAUUCAGUGACGCUAUCGCCGCCACUAGCACUGCAGGAAUCUAACCGCACGAAGACUGAGGUUUAUGAGGGGUUUUCCCACGUCUUCUCCUCUGAUUCCUCUCAGGAAGAGGUGUAUGAUAAGAUGGUGAAGCCUUUAGUAGAAGAAUUUCUGAGGGGUAAGAGUGGGAUGCUGGCUGCAUUGGGGCCUAGUGGCUCGGGUAAGACGCAUACGGUGUUUGGGUGCCCCAGGCAGCCGGGUAUGGUUCCGCUUGCUCUUCAACAUAUCUUCAAUCAGACUUCAGGGAGCAUUUCUGAGUCUUCGAGAUCAUUUUUCAUAUCGAUCUUCGAGAUAAGCUCUGAACGAGGCAAAGGAGAAAGGCUAUUUGACUUAUCUCCUAAUGGCGGAGAUUUAAGCAUGCAACAAUCAACCCUAAGAGGCUUGCAAGAGAUACCCAUUUCUGAUGCUAGACAGGCAGAGUCGUUAAUUGCUCAGGCAAUGCUAAAGCGUGCAACGGGAAUGACAAAUGCAAAUAGCCAAUCAAGCCGGUCACAGUGUAUUAUAAACAUUCGCGCUGUUGCUGACAAGUGUAAUGGAGACGAGAAUAAUCAAGCAAAUGCAAAUGAUGGUGUCCUCACUAUUGUUGAUCUUGCUGGAGCGGAAAGAGAAAAAAGAACUGGAAAUCAGGGAGUCAGAUUGCUCGAAAAACUCUUUGUUAACCAAGUAUCUGCGAGAUUAUUUGGAAGGCAAGAAGAGGAUGGCAUUGAUUUAACAGUCAAAUCAGGAGAAGAGGAUUAUCGUGAUACAUCUUACGUGCUAAGACAAGCCUCACCUUUUAUGGAAAUCAAGUAUAAUUAUGUUGAAGAACCAUCAAAUAUCUCAUACCCCAAAAGGCAUUUCCAAGCUUUGUCUAGAACUGAGCAGCGCAAAAAAAUGAAAGUUACCGAUCCCGAUGCUUGCACGAUUGAAGAACGCAAAAGCAUUGAAGCUGAAAAUGCACUAUCCAAGGAAGGUUCUGUAAAAAGCAGUGGUUGCGUUGACUCCUAUCAGGGAGAGAGAAACCAUCGGAUAAUGCAGAGUUUUUCCAAAGCUAUAUGGAAUGUUUUGAAGCAGUAUAAAGAAAAACUCAAGGUGGCAGAUGACGAAAUCCAACAUCUCAGACAAAACCUCAUGACUGAACAUACAAGAUGUCUUGAGCUUGAAAAGGAGCUCAAGGAUGUCCAGUCCUGCUGUUCAUGUUCCAACAGAGAAGCAGUUGAGGUCAGCUUGUCCGGAGUGGGUGGUCAAGAAUCUAGCAAUCUUUAUGAGGUGAAAAGUUUGGAUGUUGGGGAGGUGAGUACUUUAUGCCUUGAACUUGAAAACCCAAAUCAGCAAGAUCAUCAGACAUGUGAGAGAGUUUCCGGCAGUGAACAUAGUGCCACAGAUCUGUGUGAGUCUAUAUCUGUCAGACUGGAGGAUAGUUAUUUAAGUGUGGAUGUAGCAGGUUUUAUAGUGGACUCUUAUCAGUCACUUGCCAUGCAUAGAAAGGAUAGCUGCUCUUCUGUUGAACUGGACGACUUGCUUAGUGAGGGGCAUAAGGAAUCAUCAAAAGAUAUUUCCUUAAAUGGAUAUUGCAAUGCUGUUGACCUGCUAGAUGGUGAGAGUGCACUUGAUACUUCUUGCCAAGUAUUACAGACGGAGAACUUGGUGGAGGUUGCCUCUACUGGACAAUGUAAUGGUGUUGACCUGCUAGAUUGUGAGAGUGGACUUGAUACUUCUUGCCAAGCUAUGCAAUUGAAGAAAUCGGAAGAUGCCCCCUCUACUGGACAUUGCAAUGCUGUUGACCUGGUAGAUGGUGAGAGUUUACUCAAUGCUUCUUGCCAAGCAUUACAGACGGAGAACUUGGAGGAGGUUGCCUUGACUGGACAAAGUAAUGGUGUUGACCUGCUAGCUUGUGAGAGUGGCCUUGAUACUUCUUGCCGAGCUAUACGGUUGACGAAAUCGGAAGAUGUCCCCUCUACUGGACAUUGCAAUGCUGUUGACCUGCUAGAUGGUGAAAGUGCACUCGAUACUUUUUGCCAAGCAUUACGGACGGAGAACUUGGAGGAGGUUGCCUUUGCUGGACAACGUAAUGGUGUUGACCUGCUGGAUUGUGAGAGUGGCCUUGAUAUUUCUUGCCAAGCUAUACAGUUGAAGAAAUCGGAAGAUGUCCCCUCUACUGGACAUUGCAAUGCUGUUGACCUGCUAGAUGGUGAAAGUUCACUCGAUACUUCUUGCCAAGCAUUACGGAUGGAGAACUUGGAGGAGGUUGCCUCUACUGGACAAAGUAAUGGUGUUGACCUGCUAGAUUGUGAGAGUGGCCUUGAUACUUCUUCCCAAGCUAUACGGUUGAAGAAAUUGGAAGAUGUCCCCUCUACUGGACUUUACAAUUCUGUUGACCUGCUAGAUGGUGAGAGUGCACUUGAUACUUCUUGCCAAGUAUUACAGACGGAGAACUUGGUGGAGGUUGCCUCUACUGGACAAUGUAAUGGUGUUGACCUGCUAGAUUGUGAGAGUGGACUUGAUACUUCUUGCCAAGCUAUGCAAUUGAAGAAAUCGGAAGAUGCCCCCUCUACUGGACAUUGCAUUGCUGUUGACCUGCUAGAUGGUGAGAGUGCACUCGAUACUUCUUGCCAAGCAUUACAGACGGAGAACUUGGAGGAGGUUGCCUUGACUGGACAAUGUAAUGGUGUUGACCUGCUAGAUUGUGAGAGUGGCCUUGAUACCUCUUGCCAAGCUAUACGGUGGGAGAAAUCAGAAUGUGUCCUCUCUACUGGACAUUAUAAUGUUGUUAGCCAGCUAGAUUGUGAGAGUGGACUUGAUACUUCUUGCCAAGCUUUACAGUUGGAGAAAUCGGAAAGGAGAGCUUCGCCUUCUUCAUCUCCAUCACCAAAGGAUUUCAGUGCGGUGGAUGUUGAGGAUGAGAUUCAGAAACCUCGGGAAUUAUUGAACUUUCCAACAUCACCGAAGGUAGACCUUGUGUCAACUAAAGGGUGCGAUGUUAUUGAGAUUCCAGACAGUAAACCAAGAGAAUCCCGCGUUUUGGAUGCGAAGGAUGAGAUUCAGAAGCCUUGGGAAUUAUUGAACUUUCCAACAUCUCUGAAGGAAGACCUUGUGUCAACUAAAGGGUGCGACGUUAUUGAGAUUCCUGACAGUGAACCAAGGGACUCCGUUGUUUUGGAUGCGAAGGGUGAGAUUGAGAAGCCACAGACGUUAUUAAAUGUUCCUACAUCACCGAAGGAAGACCUUGUGUCAACUAAAGGGCGCGAUGCCAUUGAUGUUACUGACAGUGAACCGGGUGUUAAAAUCUCUACAAAAACAGAGAAACCGAAAAGGAGACUUUUGCCUGCAUCAUCCUUAUUACUAAGGGAUUUCAGUGCUCUGGACAUUGACGAUGAUGAGAAGCCAAAGCGUGGAAAGAAGAAAUCAGGUGCUGUUGAAGAAAGGCACAGAACGCAGGGUAGCAUCUCUCUUUUGCGUUUGCUCCACAGAAAUCUUCCUAGUUAGGUUAGUACGUGUUCAUUUUGCACCUGGCCCAUUUUUCUGUUGUGUGUUUUGGUCCCCUCUGUAAUUUAGGGUGUGUUGUGCAAAUGCUUGCAUUACGUAUCAUACGAGAAAUAUUCCGACAUGCAUGUCUGACCAUGUUAUUUAA